AUGAAUCAAUAAUGAAAUUUACCACAAAAGACUUGCCCUUUUUUGAUAUUUACAACAUAUAAUAAUAGCACAGUUGCAUACAACGGAUUCCCUGAACUGAACCCCCUACAAAUCUCGUCCUCCUUUAAAGGAAUCCUUCAGUCCCAUUCCAUUUGCCGCCCCCGUUACUUACUCCCAUCGCCGGCGGGCCCUUUCGAAGAACAAUAUACUUCGUGCCAACUUCAGUUCUGGAUAGCCUAUACUUGUCUUGUAUUUAGAGGUUCUGGUCUGUUUAUGGCAGCUAUGAACCAUACUUCAGCUUCUAUGGAGAUAUUAGUUCGAGGGCCAGAAGGAUUCUGUGUGUGGAAUGGACCGCCAUUUGGCAAUGCUGAACCCACUAUUAAACUUGAAACUGUUCCCUGCAACAGUGCAAAAUUUAGUGAAGAUGGGUCCAAACUCAUGGUUAUGAAAUCUGAUUUUAUCAUUAGCAUAUAUGAUUGUAGCAGUUUUAAGGAGCUGAGAUCUUUCCAAGUACCCAAUGUUCUUGCUGCUGCAUUGUCUCCUUGUGGGACUUAUCUUCAGACAUUUCAGAAAUCAUCAGCACCACAGGAUAAAAAUGUUGUCUUGUGGAAGACAGAGAAUGGUGAUGCUAUUUAUCAUCAAUCUCAAAAGAACAUGACCAAGACGACAUGGCCAUCAAUCCGAUUCAGUUAUGAUGAAGCUGUUUCUUGCCGGCUGGCGACAAAUGAGAUACAGUUUUUUGAUCCUAAAGAUUUCUCUAAAGGAAUUGUACAUCGCCUAAGAAUUCCUGGCUUGGCCGCACUUGAGCUUUCAAUGGUCCCAGGGUCUCACGUGGCAGCAUUUGUUCCAGAGUCGAAGGGAAGUCCAGCCAGUGUCCAGAUAUUUGCCUGUACAAAGGAUAUGCAGAGUCAGCCUGUUGCACGACGAAGCUUUUUCCGAGGUUCUACAGUGCAACUGAAUUGGAAUCGUGGUUCUACUGGGCUUCUGGUUGUGGUUCAGUCAGAUUUUGAUAAGACUAAUCAGAGUUACUAUGGAGAGUCUAAGCUGAACUACCUUACAACUGAUGGGACCCAUGAAGGGCUUGUACCUCUUCGAAAAGAGGGGCCCAUUCAUGAUGUUCAGUGGUCAUAUUCUGGCUCACAGUUUGCUGUUGUCUAUGGAUUCAUGCCUGCUUCUGCGACCUUGUUUGAUAAGAAGUGCAAUCCUCUACUGGAGCUUGGAACUGGACCUUAUAAUACUGUCAGAUGGAACCCAAAAGGGAAAUUUUUAUGCUUGGCUGGUUUUGGUAACUUACCUGGUGAUAUGGCAUUUUGGGACUAUGUAAACAAAAAACAACUUGGAACAACUAGGGCUGAAUGUUCCGUGACAAGUGAAUGGUCCCCAGACGGAUGUUAUUUCAUGACUGCCACAACAGCACCAAGACUACAAGUUGACAAUGGGAUUAAAAUUUUCCACUACAAUGGAUCUUUGUACUUCAAAAAGAUGUUUGGCAAGCUAUACCAGGCUGAGUGGAAACCGGAAUCACCAGAUAAAUUUGAUGAAAUUGCAGAACUUGCUAAAUCUGUUGAUUCAUUAAAGAUUGAAGAAACCAAAUUACAAGGACAAGGAGCAACCUCCAGGAAAACUGCUCCUACCAACCCUCCUGCUCAGAAACCUGCUGCCUAUCGCCCACCACAUGCUAAAAGUGCAGCUGCUGUUCAGGCAGAGCUGUUUGGAGGGAGCAGUACAGAACAAAUGAGCAAGAAUGCACUCAAAAACAAGAAGAAACGAGAGAAACAAAAGGAGAAGAAGGCUGCUGCUGCCUCUGAAGAUUCCUGAUAGAACGCCUUGUGCAUUUGGUGGCUAUAUAAUCAUAUGAACUGCACUCUAGAGGAUCUGGUGUUGACUCCAUAAAACUGCCCUUGACGGAUUUGAUUAUAGAGUUGUAUUAAUUAUUAAUUUUGGCCUUCUGGUGACAGAACUUGAGGUGAUCAAUAGAAACUUUAGCAUGCAAAGCACAUUUAGGGUUUUUCAUGAGUUCACUUUCUCCCAUCUGACAAACUACAUUCGCAUGAGCAUUUUCCCUGGUGCUGUUAGUGGGAGGUGUAACAUUUUAAGACGGCAGUGUAGUGGUUCAUUGGGACUAGUCCGCGAUUUUGGAGAGAACCUUGAAGCAAGAGGUGAAUGGUGUAAAUUUUCUUAAAUCUGGAAUAAUUAUACACAGUAUCAAAUUUGAUGGUGUUGAUUGCCUUCUCAAA